UUCACUUUUUUCUUCAACCUUACACAGCAUCUAAAAUGAACCAAAUACAAAAACCCUAAUCUCACAAAAACCCCUCUUUCUCUUUCUCCACCACCACCAAUGGCGCUUCUUCUCCGUCUCAAAACCACAAAACCCAAACCCUACUCUUCACCACUCCACCACCUCUUCUCCACCUCCAACUCCGGCGACAAUGACGGCGGCGACGGCGACAAAAGACCCUCCUUCUCCGAGUCCUUACGCCAAGUCAGAAGCUCAUUCAAACAACAACCAACCUCAAACACAACACCUUCCCCUCUCUCUCCCUCGAAACAAAGCGAAUCCUCUGUUGAUAUCAUGAGCAAAAUCCAAAGCUUCCGUUACAAAACCACCGUACCUGAUUCCGAUGAUCUAUUAACUCAGAAGAAGACAAUCUCGUUUCAGGAUAUGUAUAGUAGAAUGCAUAAUCGAUCCAAAGAUUCCGCUGCGAAUAUUGGUUCGGAUUCGUCGAAAACUACCAUUGGUGGUGGUGGGAUUGGACUUGAUGUGAUUCGUGGAAGUUUAAAUCAGCUGAAAAAUGCGCCGAAUCAGACUCCGGUGACGCCGAGGUGGAGACCGAAUAUGUCGCCGGGGAAUAGUGGGACGAGUUUGUUACCAGAUUCAAUGUUUGGGAAGGAGAUAAGGGAUAGGUUAGCGAAGGUGAAUGAUUCAGGGAGUUUUGGUACUGUUAGGUUAUAUAUGCAUGAUGAAUUGGGUGAGAAAUUGAAGAAUUUGAGGCCUCAAGUGAAAGGAAAAGAUUGGUUUUCAAUUGCUGAGUUGAGUGAGAGGUUGAAGAAAGUGAGGGAAAUGGAUGAAAUUGAUGCUAAAUCGAGUAAAUCUAGUGCUGAUACAAAUCAAGUGUUUAACAUUUUGAAAGAUUCUGUUCAACAUAUCAAAGCUAAAGAAGCCGAGAAACCCAAAGCUUCAUUGCAGAGAAUUGAUAUGUUGUCCCUGAUUGGCGGGACUCCAAGCUACCUGUCAAAGCCUCCUAAAGAGCAUCUUGUUGAAAAGUAUUUUCAUCCGGAUAACAUGUCCUCUGCCGAAAAGUUGAAAAUUGAGCUCACAAAGGUUAGAGAUGAAUUUAAGAUGUCCGAGUCAGAUUGUGGCUCUGCUCGUGUUCAAGUUGCGACACUCACAACCAAGAUUAAGCAUCUAUCAUCAGUUCUACACAAGAAGGAUGUGCAUUCUCGGAAAGGUCUGAUAGCAAUGGUUCAAAAGAGGAAAAAGUUGCUGAAAUACCUCAGAAGAACCGACUGGGAUUCCUAUUGUUUUGUUCUCUCUAAGUUAGGUCUACGUGAUAAUCCAGAAUAUACUUAUAAAGCCCGGACUGGUAAAUCGGGUGACGUAGCCAAUUAAAUAAACCCCAACAUAAACUAAUUGAAAAAAAAAAAGAACACCCAGCUGAUUUUAUCCGGUCUGAGUGUUUGACUAGCCAGUUCAAGCAGCUUAGUCAAUGGUUUUCCAUAUUUUGCUUCUACAAGUGUUGUUUCCAUAUAUCCAUGGCUGAAGAAAUGUGUUGCUCCAUUUUCUUUUUUCUGUAUGAAGAUGAGAAUAAUAUUGUUGCCAGCCCAUUAUAUUGUUUUUGCCAGAUCUAGGUUUAAUUUAUGGUAACUGUUGAAUUUCCUAUCAAUUGUUUUUGUGGGAUUUUUUGUUGUCUUUUCCACCGUAAUAUUUCUUGUAUCAUACAUAAUUGGAAAUGGAUAAAUGAAGUUAGGAGAGAAUUCUGUUUGAUUCA